CUUAGAUGGCAGCCAUAUUUGUAUGUAGUUUAUUGCUAAAUACCAAUGAGUAUUAACCUUUAUAUUUACUUUUAAAAAAACACAAUCAAAAUAAAUAAUAUACCUAAACAAUGUUGUCAACAAUUAAAAAUUGCAAAAAUAUCUCUCGAUGUUUUAGUGAAUUAAAUAAAUUAAAAAAAAUUGACAAUCAAAAGUACAGAUUGUACAGUAAUAAAAAGAAAGCAGCGGUUGUUUAUCCAAGACGAGUAUUUUCUGGUAUUCAACCAACAGGUACAAUUCAUCUGGGUAAUUAUUUGGGUGCCAUUAAAGAAUGGGUCAGACUUCAAAAUUCAAAUGAUGAUGUAAUUUGGAGUAUUGUCGAUAUGCACGCAAUGACUGUACCACCGGAACCAAAACAAUUGAGAGAAAAUAUUGUUAAAGUUGCUGCAACUUUAUUAGCAUGUGGUAUUGAUCCAGCAAAAUCAAUUUUAUUUCAACAAUCAACAGUACCAAUGCAUGCUGAAUUGGCAUGGAUAUUUGGUUGUAUGACAACAAUGCCUCGUCUCGCUCAACAACCUCAAUUUAAAGAAAAAAGUGAAAAAUUAAAAGAUAUACCUUUGGGAUUAUUUACAUAUCCUGUAUUACAAACAGCUGAUAUAUUGCUUUACAAAGCAACUCAUGUACCAGUUGGUGAAGAUCAAAUUCAACAUUUACAAUUGGCACAACAUAUUUCACAAUUUUUUAAUGUCAAAUAUGGUGAAACAUUUCCAACUCCUGAACCACUUAUAAAUAAAUCAAGUGGACGUAUUAAAUCUUUACGAGAACCAACUAAAAAAAUGUCAAAAUCAAGUGAAUAUAAAAAAAGUUGUAUUUAUUUGACUGAUCCACCAGAAACAGUUUAUCAAUAUAUUAAAAAAUCAGUUACUGAUUUUACAUCAGAAGUAACAUAUGAUCCUGAUGAAAGACCUGGUGUAUCAAAUUUAAUAACAAUUCAUUCACUUUUACUUGACAAAACAGUUCAAGAAAUUUGUCAAGAAUCCAAACAACUAAAUACAGGACAAUAUAAACUUUUAGUUGCUGAUGUAGUUGUUGAAAAACUUAAACCAAUUAGAGAUGAAUAUUUAAAGCUCAUUAAUGAUACAGGCUAUGUGUUGGAUAUCUUAAAAGAUGGCUCAUUAAAAGCACACAAUAUUGCCAGUAAUAAUUUACCAGAUAUCAAAAAUAAAAUUGGAUUUUCUGGUGAUGUAGUAAUACAAGAAUCACAAAUAAUAAAUCAAAAUAAAAAAAAAAUUGAAUCAACAUAA